ACGCAUGGUCACGUACAAGGUCAUAUGCCUCAUGACGUAACAGCUAACUUGCGUGAGAUUAAACGUAUCACAUGACAUUUGCAAAAAAAUAAAAUUUUUCUGUAGGUAUUCGCGACAUCGUUUCCAGAUGACGAUUGCUGAGAGAAGUAUUGGAGGGGAGCACCCAGUACUGUCACAACGCAGGCUCUUGGACUGCACAAAUGCUGCUGAUACAGGGUCAGAUGAAACUGGAUCAGAAAGGAAUCUCAUUCAGGGCUCAAAUGAAGCCUUGCAUCACCAAGGUAGAAGGCUAUUGUCCAGACCAACUGUUGAACCGGCAGUAUUUCUUUUCCUAGCAGCAUCAGCAGUAUCAAGCACAGUUACACAGACAUUAUUCUUGCAACGUGUAUGUGAAGAAGAUUUGGGUUACAAUGCAACUGUGUGCUCUCACCUCGAUUCCACCAAUAAUACUUCAGAACAACCUCAUACUGCUAGCCUGCUCAUGAGCAAGACUUUACUGGAAACUUUGUUGCCAGCUACACUAACCCUUUUCUUGGGCCCCUGGAGUGACCGACAUGGCCGAAAACCUCUGCUUCUCUUCCCCUUGAUAGGUCAUGCAACAACAUAUGCAGCAUAUGCUGGACUCUCUACUAUAGACCAUUUGCCACCACGCUAUUUACUUCCUGCUUCCAUACCGAUUGCUCUAACUGGUGGCUUUAUUGCAUUGAUCUUAUCUUCGUACAGCUACAUUGCUGAUGUAAGUCAUGCUGAUAAAAGAGGAUUGAGGCUCAGUUUAGUGGAAGUAUCUGUGAGUCUGAGUGCAAUCACUGGCAAUGCAGUAUGUGCACCAUUGUAUAAAGCCUAUGGAUUUGUUGGCAUAUUUACAACUGCAGCUGGUCUGUGUUUGGUGGGCUUCUUUUACGUACUGUUCCUGCUACCAGAAUCAAUCACUCCACCACAUUCUCAGUCAGAGAAUACAAAUGUGAAAUGUGUAUUUCUUCAAGAGACAGUAGUGGAAGUUUUUAAGGUGAGCUUCAAAUGGCGACCAAACUAUGGGCGUGCCAUUGUACUAUUGGCAGCUACAGCACUGUCAUUCUAUGUUGUAACACUAAUAGGAGAAGGUGGCAUUAUGUACCUAUACACAAUCAAGAAGUUUGGGUGGACUGUUGAAGAUUAUACGAGGCUAUCCAUAGCUGCUCUUUCCAUGUCAGCAAUUUGUACAUUUGGAACUAUUUACAUUUUUGUAAAUGUUCUUCACUUUUCUGAAACACUUGUUGCUGCAUUUGGUUUCGUUUGCAAGAUCAUAUCUGCAUUGCUGGCAGCUUUUUCACCGUAUUCAUGGUACCUGUACCUAGCUGCCCUGGCUAAUGCUUUUGGAGGAAUCUGUACAUCACUUAUAAGGUCAACAAUGUCUAAGACUGUUCCACCCAGUGAAGUAGGUAGUGUAUUCUCCCUGACUGCAGCACUGGAGUCUGUUAUGCCAUUGGUAGCAUCGCCUCUCUACACAGCUGUGUACAAUGCCACCAUUGCAAGUUUUGCUGGGGCAUUCUACCUGAUGUCUGCAGUUUUCUACACUGUUAAUGUUGGACUCUCAUUGGCACUGGCAUUUUUACAACGCAAGUGCUCACGAUCCGGCUAUUAUGAAGAGUUGCCAAGCAAUGAUAGCUGUCCUGGAUCUGUAGAUGCUUAAAGUAUAAAAUCAGUUGCGGGAAGAAAGUAGACACAGCGUACGAGCGGCAUUGACAAGUUCUUGUCAGGCAAUCCAUAGAUCUUUUAGUGAGUGUGUAAGGAAGAACCAUGGAGUUUAUAUGCAGAUGUGUGCUUAUUUUGUCAUUGACUAUUUUUAUUAAA